CUGAACACUCCCUUCCUGGCAUCACUCACCUGCAGCCUCGACACCCACCGCACCCUCACAAACUUCCCAGAACCUUCCAGACCCUCCAGGAUCUUUCAGGCUCUCCUGGACCUUCCGGACCCAAAAGACCCAAUAGCAUGUCGGGCAUCGCGGCCACUCUGCAGCGCCGCCGGGAGAAGGACCAGGGCAUCGGCACCAACAGCCAGGCGCUGAAGUACCUGAACCAGGACUAUGAGACUCUGCGGCAGCGCUGCUUCGAGACGGGCCGCCUGUUCCAGGACGACACGUUCCCGACGCUGCCCGCCUCCCUGGGCUUCAAGGAACUGGGUCCCAACUCCUACAAGACCCGGGGGGUGUCCUGGAAGAGACCCACGGAGCUGACCUCUGACCCCGAGUUCAUCAUAUCUGGAGCGUCCAGGACCGACAUCUGUCAGGGAGCUCUGGGUGACUGCUGGCUGCUCGCCGCCAUCGCCUCUCUGACGCUGAACGAGGAAGUUCUGGCUCGAGUCGUCCCCCACGGACAAAGCUUCAGGGAGGGAGAGUACGCGGGCAUCUUCCACUUCCAGUUCUGGCAGUUCGGGGAGUGGGUGGACGUGGUGAUUGACGACCGUCUGCCUGUCAAAGACGAUGAGCUGCUGUUCGUCCACUCGGCGGAGGGGAAGGAGUUCUGGAGCGCCCUGCUGGAGAAAGCCUACGCAAAGAUGAACGGCUGUUACGAGGCUUUGUCUGGAGGAUCGACCACCGAGGGUUUUGAGGAUUUUACCGGAGGGAUCGCUGAGGUCCACGAGCUGAGUCGACCCAGUCCUCAUCUGUUCCACAUCAUCCAGAAGGCUCAGAGCCGUGGGUCUCUGAUGGGCUGCUCCAUAGACAUCACAAGCUCAGCUGACUCGGAGGCGAUCACUUCCCAGAAGCUGGUGAAAGGCCAUGCCUACUCUGUGACAGGUGCUGCUGAGGUGGAGUACCGUGGAGAAAUGGUGAAGCUGAUCCGGAUCAGGAACCCCUGGGGUCAGGUGGAGUGGACCGGAGCAUGGAGUGAUGAUUCCACACAAUGGCGUUACAUCAGCGACGAGGACCGUGAGCGUCUGAGUCACCGCUCAGAGGACGGAGAGUUCUGGAUGUCUUUCUCUGACUUCCUGCAACAUUACUCCCGGCUAGAGAUCUGUAACCUGACACCCGACGCCCUGAGUGAUGACUCUGUCUCUAAGUGGGCUCUGUCCAAGUUCGAUGGCAGCUGGCGGAGAGGGUCCACCGCCGGAGGCUGCAGGAACUUCCCCAACUCGUUCUGGACCAACCCUCAGUUUGUUAUCAAGCUGGAGGAGGAGGACGACGACCCAGAGGAUGGAGAGGCCAGCUGCAGCCUCGUGGUUGGUCUGAUCCAGAAGAACCGCAGACGCAUGAGGAAGAUCGGCGAGGACAUGCACACGGUGGGAUUCGCCAUCUACGAGGUUCCUGAGGAGUUCUGUGGUCAGAGGAACGUCCACCUCAACAGGAACUUCUUCCUGCGUCACGCCUCCGCCGCUCGCUCCGAAACCUUCAUCAACCUGCGAGAAGUCUGCAGCCGCUUCUGCCUGCCGCCCGGAGAGUACCUGAUCAUCCCGUCCACCUUCGAGCCGCAGAAGAACGGAGACUUCUGCGUCCGAGUGUUCUCCGAGAAACAGGCCGACUUUCAGGAGCUGGACGACCCCAUCGAGUCCCGAGUGGAGAAGAUUGAGAUCGACGAGGACGAUGUGGACGAUCGCUUCAGACGUCUGUUUGGUCAGCUGGCAGGAGGGGACUGUGAGAUCUCUGUGUUUGAGCUGCAGAAGAUCCUCAACAAAGUGGUGACAAAACGAUCCGACAUUCAGACCAGCGGCUUCAGCAUCUCCACAUGUCGCAACAUGGUCAACCUUCUGGACAAAGACGGCAGUGGUAAACUGGGACUGGUGGAGUUUAAAGUGCUGUGGACCAAAAUCGAGAACUACCUGAAUAUUUACCGUGAGAAGGACGUGGAUAAUUCGGGGACGAUGAGCUCCACAGAGAUGAGGACGGCUGUGGAGGAAGCUGGGUUCAGUCUGAACAACCCGCUUCAUCAGGUCCUGGUGGCUCGUUACAGCGAACCAGAUCUCACCAUCGACUUCGACAACUUUGUGAGCUGUUUGGUUCGACUGGAGACGAUGUUCAACACGUUCUACACUCUGGAUAAAGACAACUCAGGAACCAUCGAGCUGAGCAUUCUGGAGUGGCUGAAUGUGUCUCUGCUCUGAAGAACCAGGACCGUCCUGAUCCUGGUUCUGAUCCUGGUUCUGAUCCUGGUUCUGAUCCUGGUCCUGAUCCUGGUUCUGAUCCUGGUCCUGAUCCUGGUUCUGAUCCUGGUCCCAGACGUGCUGUAACAGCUGCAUAUGAAAUAUUCUACAUUUGGUGAAAAGAGUUUGUUCGAUUGUGAUAAUAAUCAAUUUAUAAACCUGUAAUAACAGAUUGAUAACAGAUUGAGAACAGAUUAAUAACAGAUUAAUAACAGAUUGAUAACAGAUUAAUAACAGAUUGAGAACAGAUUAAGAACAGAUUAAGAACAGAUUAAUAACAAUGUUUAUUGUUCAGUUUUGUUGAAACUGUAAACUUUGUUAUUAACUGUUUAUUAUACGUUUAUAAUAUAGAUAAUACGGGGAUUAGUAAAGAGUUCUUCUUCUGUUUGUCACACCUGAAGCUUUAUUGAUGAACAGCUUUAUUGAUGAAAUAUUAAUAAAUGAUUCACUAAUAAAGAGAAUAAAUCAGA